AUGGACAAACUCUCCGGUCUCGCCUCGAAGCUCAGCGGUGGCAACAAGUCUGGCGGUGACACGCAGGCCUCGGGGUCUAGCGGAAACCAGGGCCAGGAGGAUUACCUUGAUAAGGGUCUCGACUCGGUUGAACAGAAGUUCGGUGGUGGCAAGAUCGAUCCUCAGAAGAUGCGCUCGACGAAUGAGAAAAUCACGGAUACGGCGAGGAAUCAGUUUGAGAGUGCUACCGGAAAGAAAGUCCCGGAGAAGUUUUCCAAUUAG